UCUAUAGUCCAUAUUGCAUUCAGUUCUAAGAGACAUCAAAUACUCACCAUCCUUCUCUUACUAAAAGCCAAAAAAAAAAAAUAAAAAAGUGUAGUACAAUCACAGAAUUUAUCGUGGGCUUGUCUGAAUAAAAGUAAUUGCCUUGUCUCCGAUCCACCUCAUUUCUCACCCUAACUCCUCAAAUUCUCUCAUAAAAUCUUUCAAAAUUGUGGCCUGUGGGUCACCAUUAUAAUUUUGGCAUUAGGGUUUGUCGCACAAUUGAUCCCUAAUCUAUUCACCAUUCUUUAGCAUUAUCUACUCCAAUCUGAAUUGCCUCAUACCUCAAUUCUGCUUGUAAAGAUGUAUGAUUAAAAAGUCUUGAUUUCUAUGAGGGUUUAAGUGGGAAGAGGCAAAAUGGGGUUCAAUUUGAGAAGCUGGGGUGGAAGAAAGGAGCAAAAUGACAGUGGGAAAGAAAGAACUCCUUUAUAUUUGAAUGUAUAUGAUCUUACUCCUGUAAAUGAAUAUUUGUAUUGGUUUGGGCUUGGCAUCUUUCACUCUGGUAUUGAAGUACAUGGCAUGGAGUAUGGUUUUGGAGCUCAUGAGUUUCCUACCAGUGGUGUGUUUGAGGUUGAACCAAGGAACUGCCCUGGAUUUACAUUUAGAAAGGCAAUAUCUCUCGGCAGCACAGACAUGUCACGUACGGAGUUCCGAUCAUUCAUGCAUCGCCUUGCUUCAAAGUAUCAUGGGGACUCAUAUCACUUGAUUGCAAAGAACUGCAACCAUUUCAGUGAUGAAGUCUGUUUGCAUCUGACUGGAAAAUCUGUCCCUGGAUGGGUUAAUCGACUUGCUCGUCUGGCUGCAGGUUCGUUUUUCAACUGCCUACUGCCGGAGCAUAUUCAAGUAGCAGCUGUCCGACAGCGUCCUGAUCUUACUACAUGCUCCAAUGACGGGUCAGCGUCUCCAGCGUCAUCAUCGAUUGAUAGCGAGGAGGAUAUUGAUGAUCCAGAUCAUCUCCUACUACUACCGACCUCCUCUGCAGACGUGGCAUUUUUGCAGGAAAAACCGGUUCUAAUGACCAGAGAAAUGGUUUAAAUUGAUAGUGAGGAGGAUAUCGAUUAUCCUGAUUCCUGCAUUUCACACUUAUUGGGUGUUAAAUCUGUUGUAGAAGUAAAUUAUGCUCACAAUUGUACUAUAAUUAUUAUAUACAGCCAAUACAGAAAUUUGAUCGUUUCUAUAAUCUCGUAAGAUAAUGUACUAUGUUGCUACGAGGUUUAUGGUGAGUGUUCUGCAUGACGAAGGGGAAGCUCUGUGCACAAAAAAUUUCUGCAGAGGGUCCGGGGAAGGGUUCCACAACACCGCAAGGCUGUAAUGGAGGCAAAUAGUAUCAUUCAUUUCUGCAAGAAGCUGCUUCUAGGACUUGAAUCAGUGGCCUUUCGGUCACACUACAACAUGUAAACUGGUGCACCAACACUCUCCUCUUUAGUAUUUUGCUUGAAACAUCUAUAUUCUAGAUUACUUAGCUAGACUCAAUGUAAAACAUCCUUGUUCUUGGCUUAUCCCUGUAUAUUAGAGUAUAUGGGGGAUUAACUCUUUGAAGAAAAGAAAUUAUAUCCUUACUUUUUUGUGUAGUUCA